AUGGGCAAGCUGUUACUACGCUGCGCCCUCGCCCAGUUUCUGCUCCUUUCCGCCACCGCUGCAGCAGCCGAGCCGUCCCAGUACUGCAACUUCGGGCUCGAGCAAGCCGGGCAGCCCGCGGCAAACGACUUUUGCAUGGCCGUGAGCGCGUUCCGCAACCAGUCCACCACCACCACCACCGCCGACACCGCCAACAACACCACCACCGCCGCCGACACCAGCUCGCACGACCUAUAUAUCACGCUGCACGUCUACCGCCCCCAGCAGAGCGAGGCUCUUGGCUGGGCGGCCAUCGGGAUUGGCUCCGGCAUGGUGCAGGCGCUCAUGCUCAUCGUCUACGGCGACCCGCACAGCAGCUCCACGAAAAAGCCGGUGCUGAGCGUGCGGCGGUCGACGGGCCACCGCGAGCCCGCGCUAUACGACGCCGCGGCCAAUGAGGGUCGGAUGCAAGUCUCGGUGCUCGACGCGUCGUGGAACUUGUCCUCUUCACCCGCCACCGCGCGCUUGUCGUUCGUGUGCUACGCGUGCGACUCCGGGCUGGCGCCGGACCUCGACCCGCUGCUGUCAGCCUCGGGAAGCGCCGAGCCAUGGGUCUGGGCCCGCAACGCCGAGCAGCACUUUGACGAGGACGCCCCCGCCACCGACGCCAGCGCACUCAAGUUCCACACCUCUACCCGCGGCUGGGGCAGGUUCUAUGUCGACGUGGCGCGGACCGUCGUGCUGGACGAGACUCUUCCGCCGUCUGCGCCCGCAAUCAAGGCCGGCGUCGGCAUGGUUGGUGCGUCUGAGACGAAGGCAGGGGAGGCGUCGCCGUUUGAAGGCAGAGGCCGGGCUGGGUCUUCGGCUUCGUCGUCGUCGUACCACGUCCAGGCCGCGCAGCACGGCUUCUUCAUGGCGCUGGCCUUUCUGCUGCUCCUGCCGUCGGGCGUGCUAGCCAUCAUGGCGUCGGGCCACGCCAGCGCGUUCCGCCACCACUGGAUGGUGCAGGUCGCGGGCAUGGUGUGCGUCUCCGUCGGCUUGGUUCUGGGACUUCUGUUGAGGGGGGCCGAUCUGGACUCGACGCACCAGAAGCUCGGCUCGGCCACGAUCGUCUCCGUCGGCGUGCAGGGCGGGUUGGGUGUGUGGCACCAUGUGCAGUACCUUCGAUCGCUGCGGCCGACGUGGAUGGUGCGCGUCCAUGUCUGCCUGGGUCGAGUCGUGCUGCUGGCUGGCUACGGGGCCGUGCUGACGGGCUUGCUUCUCCACGGCUCGCCGCUCUUCUUGUACGUUGUCACUGGCGUCAUUGUGGCGGCUGAGGCGGGCUGCAUGGUCGGGACGGUGUUGUGGCGGGCUUGUCGUCGUCGAAAGGCGGGUUGGGCGUCUGCAGAGGAGUCUUGGAAGCAGACGGAUGCGUACCUUCCCCUCAAGAAUGAGGCCGAGUAA